GUCGGACGUCACGUUCAACAUGCAUAUAGACAUGACGAUGUCAACGAGGGAACGACAUCAAGGGAGGGAAAACAAACAGUUUAAGAAGAAAAACUUUUCAAAGCAAAGAGGUCGCACUGAGCGAACUGAUUAUAAACGCAGAGGGAGAAUGUCCAGACAUAACCACGUUCAGCAUCAAAACGGAGCUCCAGCACAGCGUCCAUCAUUUCCUGCUUCUACCAACAACAAGUUCAAUAAUUCAGACGCUGGAAGCAGCGCGGCCAGUGCUCCAUCGUGUAGCUUCAAACCUUCUACAUCAGCACACAGUAAAGGAAUCCCUCCCCUGAUGAGUAGAGACAGCGCUCUACACAAGCCCUCAGUGUCAGCAUGCAGCCUGCCUCCCUUCACCGCCACUGUCAAAAACAAUGGCUGCCAUGAAAAGCCGAAGGAGCGUGAGAUCACAUCAGCCUCCACCAUCGCCUUCUCCUCGGUAUCAGGCAGCCGUAAACAGACAAAGACGGCGGAGGGAUUCCCCUUGAAGUACGUGGCUCUGGACUGUGAGAUGGUGGGAUCGGGACCAAAGGGGAGUAUCAACCAGUUGGCUCGCUGCAGCAUGGUGAACUAUGACGGAGACGUAAUUUACGAUAAAUUUAUCAAACCCAGUAUGCCGGUCACUGACUACCGCACACGGUGGAGCGGCAUCCGACGCUGUGACCUCGUCAAUGCCACACCCUACGCCAAGGCCAGGACGGAGAUAUUAAGGCUGCUCAUGGGGAAGGUGGUGAUUGGCCACGCCAUCCACAACGACUUCAAGGUCCUGAGUUACUGUCACCCCACCGCCAUGACCAGAGACACGUCUCGAAUCCCUCUGCUGAACCAGAAGGCCGGCUUCAGUGUGGGCGAGUGUGCCUCCCUGAAGAGACUCACCAAGGCCAUCUUUAACAGAGACAUUCAGGCUGGGAUCAUGGGUCACUCUUCUGUGGAGGAUGCCCAAGCCACGAUGGAGCUGUACAAGGUGGUGGAGGCCGAGUGGGAGAGAGAGCUGGCCUUCAAAUCCGGGAGAGUAACCCCCAGGCAUAAAAGGACCACAUGAAAAUAAAGAGAGUUUAGAAUGAUGUUUGGCGUGGCAGCUUUGUGAACGCUCUCCUGGAUAAACUUCUACACGCUGCCUGAACUUUACGGGAUAAGAAUAUAAGAACAUUGGAAACACUUUCUGUACUUCUCAGGGUUGGCACUGGCUGUAACAGGUGCUCCUGCCACCAGGGGGCAGUCAUGCAUCAGGAAACUGAGACUUGUGAAAUGUGUAGUUCUCACUUACACCUUUAGUUCAUUUUCUUUUAUCGUGAUACUUCAACAGUUUUUGAUUUUUUGAAGUGAAAAUCAAAACCGUUUGAUUUGUUCAUCUUCAUGGUGCUCUGCAGGAUUCAGGAUUCUCUGAUUGGAUCAGAUCAUUUAAUCCUGAUCAAACCUCAAGUUUGUGUAUGAUCUUCUGAGCAGGACUGAGAUCACUUAGACCUUAAAACCAGGAUGAUCCUGAUCCAGCAGAGGUCUGACUUAGACCGGAUUAAAGGAACCAUGUAAGAAGAUGUUUUAUAAAGUGACUGAUAUAAAAGCUCCUGUGAGGAACUGUCAGGAACUGUCUGUUUUAGCGCUCCCCUGUGGACUAAACGGGUGCUCUGCUGAUCUUGCUUUGAACAUGUUUCAGAAGUGUUUACUGCCCUUCUUUGUUUAAACAUUUAACAAAUCUUCAGUGGAUUUAAAAAAAUAAAAAGUCUGUUGGUCCGACACCGAG